AUGGCCGGCCCGGCGCCGACGUACUCUGCAAUCAUCGCGCACACCGCCGCGUUCCUCGCCGAGCUCGUCGCCGACCCGCUCCUCCGGCGCCACCUCCUGUCGGCCGCGGCGGCCUCGGACGGCGCCGGCGGGCAGCAGCAGCACCCGGCGGCCACGCUCCAGGCGCUGUCCCUCGUGUCGGACGCGCUCGACACCGCCGCCUCGGCCUCGCCGUCCCCGUCGUCACUCCGCGCCGCGGAGCGCCUGCUGCAGUCGCUCCCGACCGCCACGCCGCUCUCCUGCCUCCUCCUCGCGCUGGCGUGCGCCGCGCGCCGCCGCGGCGGGGCGCCGGCCGCGGCCGCUGUGCUCGACCUCUUCGCGCUGGACCCCGCGCUGGCGCGCCACGAGCUCGCGCCCGCGGCCUUCGAGGCGCUCUUCGCGCCGCGGCUCCUCCCCGUCAUGCGCCACUUCGCCGCGCGCCGCGCCUCCGCCACCGCUGCGGCCGCGGCCGCGGCCGCGGGGAACGGGGACGAGGACAGCAGGUCCGACGAGGCAACGGCGCUGUCGGCGAUGCGGGUCCUGUCGAUGAUGAGCGGCGCCCAGGCGCAGGAGAUGAGGGCGCUGGAGCGGGAGUACGAGAUGGUGCUCGACGCCAACUGCAGAGCGUACGCGCUCUACCUCAGGAAGAUCCUCGAGGCCGGCGAGGCGUCGACGGUGUCGUCACCACCGCAUCCUCCUGAGCUCGUGUUCGGCGUCGGAGCCGACGAGGACGAUCGCGGCGACGACGAGGACGCGCCGGACAACGACGAGUCUGCCAGCUCGCAGAACGGCUUCCGGUACAAUCCGAUGUGGGCGGAGACGGAGGAGCAGGGCGAUCUUUACCCGCGGCGGCAGGGCAGCGUCAAGGGCCGGAGGGACCUCAUGAGGCCGCCGAGCCUGUACCCGCAGCGCGUGCCGCCACACCUCAUCGUGCAGCAGCAGCAGCGGUCGCCGCCUGUGGGCAGAGGAAGCCCGGUGUCAAGGCUCCGAGCGGAGCACUCGCAGUCGCCGGCGGCGCCCUCAGACGACAGCAUGGAGGAGUCUUCCUCCGAGCUCGGCGCCGGCAAAGAGGAAAAGCGCGCGGCGUCGCCACCGUCGUCCGAGCCACGCCCGCACGCCGACGACGCCCUGCUGUCUCCGGACCCCGCGAGCUCCCCGGCGCGCGGCGACGCCGACCCGCCGCAGCCGCUGCCGACGCCCAAGGACUUCGUGUGCCCCAUCACCAGCCAGGUGUUCGACGACCCCGUCACGCUCGAGACCGGGCAGACCUACGAGCGCCGCGCCAUCCAGGAGUGGCUCCACCGCGGCAACGCCACCUGCCCCAUCACCCGCCAGCGCCUCCACGGCGCGCACCUGCCCAAGACCAACUACGUCCUCAAGCGCCUCAUCGCCGCCUGGCGCGACCAGAGCCAGCAGCACCCUUCCACGCCGACGGCCCCGGCCGCGGGGACCAUGGACAGCCCCGCGCCGCCGUUCAAGACCAGCUCGCCGUCCCCGGACACCAGCGCCAGCCACGCCAGCGCGCCCUCGCCCACCAGCGUCAUCGCGCAGGCCACCCUCGAGACCGCCGUCGGCGAGCUCCGCGCCGCCGUGUCCUGCCUCUGCACGUCCGAGGACCUGGCCGAGUCCGAGAAGUCGGUGCUCAAGAUCGACCGCCUCUGGCGGGAGGCCGGCGCCGAGCAGGCCGUCCUCGCCGCGCUCGCCAGGCCCGCCGUCAUCAACGGCUUCGUGGAGAUCCUCUUCAACUCGGUGAGCGCGCAGGUGCUGCAGGUCGCCGUCUUCCUCCUCGCCGAGCUCGCCUCCCGGGACGACGCCGUCGUGCAGACGCUCACCAGGGUGGACUCCGACGUCGACUGCCUGGUGGCCCUGUUCAAGAAGGGCCUGGUGGAGGCCGUGGUGCUCAUCUGCCUCCUGUCGCCCACGCCGGAGCAGCUCGUCGAGAUGGACAUGGCCGAGGCCCUCGUGUCCACCAUCCGGCGCGGCGACGAGGACCCGCUCAAGAUGUGCAUCAAGCCCAAGGCCGCCUCGGUGAUCCUCCUCAGCCAGGUCCUCAUCGAGGGCGGCACGGACAGCUCCACGUCGCCGGUGCCGAGGUCCGCGCUCCUGUCAGAGAGGUUCAUACGGAGCGUCGCCGCGAGCCUGGAAGCCGGGCAGGUGGAGGAGAGGCUGGCCGCCAUGCGCAUCCUGCUCCGGUGCAUCUGGGAGGACGGUCACUGCCGGAGCAGCAUCGCCGAGAAGUCAUCGCUGGGCGCCGUCCUCGACGCCUUCCACGCCGUCGGCGACGCGGACAAGUUCGACAUCGUGCGCUUCCUCUACGAGCUGCUCAAGCUGAAAAAGCGAUCGGCGGCGGAGCGUGUUCUCCGGGCUAUCAAGGACGGCGGCUCCUUCAGCAUGAUGCACACGCUUCUCGUGCACCUGCAGUCCGCGCCGCCGGAGCACAGCCCUGUCGUUGCAGGACUACUUCUUCAGCUCGAUCUGUUGUUGGAGCCGAGGAAGCUAAGCAUGUACCGAGAGGAAGCGGUGGACUGCCUCAUCCAGUGCCUGAAGAACGCCGACUUCCCUCGGAGCCAGCUCCUCGCCGCCGAGACCAUCAUGUGCCUCCCGGGGAAGUUCUCGUCGUCGGGGCGGCCGCUCGCCCGAUCGACGCUGCUGAAGCUGGCCAGGGUGAAAGAGAGGCACCGGCAGUCGCAGGAUCUGAGCGUCGUUCGUGCCGACGGCGGCGAAGACGAAAUGGUAGGCGACGAAGAAGAGAAGGCCGCCUCUGAAUGGGAGAGGAAGACGGCGUACGCGCUGGUGAGCCACGAGUUCGGGCUGGUGUUCGAGGCCCUGUCGGAGUGCCUCAAGAGCAAGAACGCCGAGCUGUUCACGACGAGCCUCGUGUGCGCCACAUGGCUCGUGUACAUGCUCUCCCUCCUCCCCGACACCGGCGUGCUCGGGGCGGCCAGGGUCUGCCUGCUACGGCAGUUCGUGAUCGUCCUCCGGUCCGCCAAGCACGGCAGCGACAGGGUCCUCGCCAUGGUGGCGCUGAGGAGCUUCAUGAACGACCGGGAGGGGAUGCACGACAUCACGACGUACAUCAAGGACGUGCUCAAGACCCUGAGGGAGCUGAAGAAAUCGUCCGGCCUCGCAUUCGAGAUGCUCAAGCUGCUAUCAGACGGCCAGGAAUCCAGCGUUGACAUGUGGAACCAUAAGGAGAUCAACCUUGUGGACUGCAGCUCAAAUGGUGAAGUAACAUCAAUUGUUUACCUGAAGAACCACAUAUUCUCUGGCCACUCUGAUGGAACACUGAAGGUCUGGGAGGGAAGUGAAAACAUCCUUCGCCUUGUGCACGAGGCCCAAGAACACACGAAAGCAAUCACCAGCUUGUCAGUCCUGCACUCGGAGGAGAAGUUCUACAGUGGAUCAUUGGACAGGACAAUUAGAGUGUGGCAGUUCCGGGAUGGCGUCCUCCGGUGCGUGGAGAUCCAUGACACGAGAGACCCCGUGCAGAACCUUGCCGUCGCCAACGCCAUGGCCUGCUUCGUGCCGCAAGGCGCAGGCGUUAAGUUGCUCAGCUGGAACGGCGGCUCCAAGCUCCUGAAUCCCAGCAAGUACGUGAGGUCCAUGGCGCUGGUGCACGGCAAGCUUUUCUGCGGCUGCAACGACAGCAGCAUUCAGGAAAUCGACCUGGCGAGUGGCACGCUGGGCGUAAUCCAGUCCGGCAACAAGAGGAUCCUGGGCAAGGCGAACCCUAUAUACUCCCUACAAGUUCAUGACGGAUUGCUGUACACCGGAAGCACUCCAUCUAUGGACGGCGCGUCAGUCAAGGUGUGGAACUGCGCCAACUACAACCUCGUCGGCUCGAUGCCGUCGUCGAUGGAGGCGCGGUCGCUGGUGGUCAGCGCGGACCUCAUCUACCUUGGCUCCAGGAACGGCGCCGUGGAGAUCUGGUCCAGGGAGAAGCUCACCAGGAUCGGCACGCUGCAGGCGGGCGGCCCUAGCUGCCGCGUCCAGUGCAUGGCCGUCGACGGCGAUGGCGACGUCCUUGUCGUCGGGACAUCGGACGGCAGGAUUCAGGCGUGGGGAUUGACUUGAGCAGAUGCAGAGGAGGCAUAGAGUCGUCAAGGAAUGGUGAAUAAAAUGUGGAAAUAUGAGUGGCGUAAUGCUGUUUGUUCUAUUUCUUUUUUAUCCUGGC